AUUAAACAAGGGACACAAGUAUGAUAAAUAUUGGCAGGGGCCACAACUGUUGUGUUUGGAGACCGUGCCAGUCUGCACUUCAUCAGUGCCACUAGUAAAACAUAGAAACAUUAAUACAGAAAUGAAGAUCAUGGUAAUGUUGCCUCGCCAGCUACCGGUCACUGUCCUGGUAAUGCUGGUUCAAGUCUGGGACAGGUCCUUGGCUCAAAGCUUUGACCCCACCAUGCCGACCAAUCUUACAGUGGACACAGGAAUCAGCGAGGACAUCAAAAUUCUGUUGCUCCGUCUUCACAACGAUUACAGACGAGACGAGAGAUUGGCUGGAGACAUGAAUCGUUUGGAUUGGUCAACGGCGUUGUCACAAGAAGCCGGUCGCUGGGUGAAAGGAUGCGACUUCAAGCACCAGAACAAUCCCCAGUGGGGAGAGAACCUGUACCGCAGCAACUUCAAGACCACCCCAGAGAGCACUGUGGACAACGCCCUCAUUGCCUGGCACCUGGAACAGUACAACAUCAUGCCCAGUCCGACUGGCUUCAUAGAUUGUUGUUCUGAGAAUAAGACAACCUGCUGUCAUUACACACAGAUGGUGUGGGCGUCAACCGAGUUUUUGGGCUGUGCCAUCAAUGAGUGUGCGCUGCUGAAAGGGGAGACGACCGAGGAAGAUUUACCAGACGCCAUAUUUCUGGCUUGUUAUUACUACCCUCCGGGUAACGUCCUAUCGCAGCAACCGUUUCAGCGGACAUCUAGUGGUCAGUGCAGCCUGUGCAGUGCGACCAACCCUGACUGCGACAAUGGUUUGUGUUACUUUGAAACUAGCAGAUGCUAAGAAUGAUGAAACAGAAAAGCUGAACAAAUGUCUGGAAAUACAAAAUGUCUUCAGACCAAGAAGAAGAAAAAAAAGAGUCAUAGAUCUAGUAAAAUGUAAAUGAGAAGAUUUGUUUACAUACUAGCAUAAACAUAAAUUCAACAACUUUCUCUUAACAGCAAGAGCCACACAGAAAUAUGUUGCUUUGGUUAAAAUGUAAGCAAUAUUAGUAUUUUGUUUGAGUGUUUACAACUGGAAGGUAUUGUCCAAUAAAUUUCUUCUUUUUUUUUAAA